AUGACGGCGGCACCCUCCGACACGUCGCGGUAUCAAUCAGGCGCGCACGUGUUUACGUGGCUCGCAUCUCGUCCAUCCUGUUAUCUCUCUCUCUCUCUCUCUCUCUCUCUUUGUGUUAUUUGCCUUCAGAUUAUGGCUGAUCAUUGUUCUCCACAUCUUUCUUCUUUUAUUGCUCAAAGUAACUCUUGCCUCUUUACAAACACUCUUUCUCUUCGAGAUCUUUGUUCUAUCAAUUGCUUCGUUAUCGUCCCCGUCGAUCUGGACUUUGGCGAUAUUUUUUUUUCUCGAAUAAACGCAAACGCAAGAAAGUCGAUAUUUGCGUGUCAAACGCGCAACUGCAUUAUCAGCCCACUUGCUUCUCGGCUUCUCUUUCCGUUUCUCCUACUGUCUUAUCUCUCUCUCUCUCUCUCUCUCUCUCUCUCUCUCUCUAUCUAUCUAUCUAUCUAUCUUAUUUAUUUAUUAUAA